AUGCUAACUAACUGGUUGCUCUUCGCCUCGCUAUUCCUGCUGACCUCAUCUGGAAUAGAUGCAGAAGCCUCCGCCUUAAUGAUCCAGCCGAGGAUCUAUGGAGGUCAGAAGACAAGCAACUCUGAUAUUGGUGGUUUUGGUGUCCAGAUCUUCUACAAAAACAAACUCGUCUGCACUGGAGUCUUAAUCAGUUCGCGACACCUCAUCACAGCGGCACACUGCUUCGAGAAUAUGGCCCAAUCUGACUUCCAUGUGGUGGCCGGAACUUCACUCGAAGCCGUGGCCUUAACCCGAUCCGAAAAGAAGAACGGAUUGGUGGAGGUGCGACUUCAUCCAAAGUUCGAUAAGCUAAAGUUUAUAGCGGACAUAGCUGUGGUCAAGACGCAGUAUCCGCUAAAAGGUCGGACCAUCGGCUAUGCCAAGCUCUGCAAAUAUCCGCUGUAUAACGGGGACAGAGUCACUGUGGCCGGGUGGGGCACCGAUGGAACAAGAAGGAGCUCCGACGAACGACAAUACCUGCAAACCAUGCAAAGUUCCAUUGUGGGGCAUAAACAGUGCGAGAAGAAACUAGGACGUAAGAUGCCUCCGAAUAUCCUGUGCGCAGGAGAAUAUAACCAUCAGACCCUGUGCACCGGCGAUUCCGGAGGACCUCUCAUCUGGCAGGAUGAGGUGUGCGGCAUUAGCACAUGGACAUGGAAAUGCGGUGACAAUGAGAAGCCCGAUGUCUUUAUGAGUGUUCGCCACUACGCCAAGUUUAUUACAAGCACCAUCAAUGAAAUGGGCUAUUAAAAGGUUUAAACAAUUUCUGUAUUUCCCAUGAUGAUGGGAACGUAAAAUAAAAAUAAAUCUUUAUAUUUAAA